AUGAACAAAAUUAUCAUUAACGAGUUGAAGGGGAGGCUAGGAGAUGCAAAAGGCACAUGGGUAGAGGAGUUGCCUCAGGUACUAUGGGGUUAUCGCUGCUCACCGCACGGAGCAACGGGGGAGUCGCCAUUUAACCUGACGUAUGGGACAGAUGCUAUGUUGCCAGUCGAGGUGGGGGAAGCUACUUUGCGAAGGAGGAUGGGGGAUGAGAAUCUGAAUCAUGAGGGGUUGAGGGCAAAUUUGGAUGUACUUCAAGAAAGGAGAGAAGCGACUACCGUUCGGGUCGAGGCACAAAAGAGGGGACUUGGUCUGGAGGAAGGCAGGAAUAGCCAGAAAAGAGGGGAGUCAUGGAAAGCUGGCGGCGAACUGGGAGGGACCGUUCAGGGUUCGAGAAAGUUUGAACAAUGGAGCAUACCGAUUGGAGCACCUGGAUGGAAAACCGAUCGCUAA